AUAAAAGCUGGGUGCGGGAGAGAGAGAGCAGCAGUUACUGCUGACUGCAGUACUGCCAGGAGCCACUAGAUGCCCUUAUCUCCACUGAGUCAUCUCACCUGCCAGGGCCCUGAUCAUCAGAGAGACAGCCCGGGACCCUACAGAGGAAUUAGGCAGCCUACUGGCACAACUAUUAGAGCGGUCCAUCCAUAUUGCGAGAAGAGGCUCCAAGCCCCUACCCAGCAGAAAGGGAGCUCCAGCACACAUACCAGUGAUGCCGCACACAUCGGAGGCAAAGCGGGUCCGCGUUUGGCAAAAAGAUUUGAUAUAGUAGCGGUCAUAGGCGGACCAGAGACACGCCAAAGGCCACCACUGCCGCCCGCUGUCUUCUUCGCACCCACGCCCACUGCCUCCUGCUCCGCACUGCCGCCCCCCACAGCACAGCCUCCUCCGCACCGUCGCCCACAGCCUCCGCACCGACAGCCACAGCCUCCUCAUCCGCCGCCGACCACAGCCAACUCUGCACCACUGCUGACCACAACCUCCUCAUCCUCCACGCCUCCAAUCACCACAUCCUCCACACCACCGCUGCUGAUUGGUAUAUACAGUUCCCAACAGGAAACGCAAAGUCACCAAAGUGGAGCUUGCUGCACGGGCAAUGACCAAGGUGCUGGUUGAAGAACUACGCGACAUGGACAACAACAUGCAGCAACAGAAGGAUACCCGCCAACUCCAUUUUAUAGAGGCAGAAAGAGAGCUGCAGCAAUCCUUCAUAAUGCAGACAAAGGAACACCAAGAACGCAUCUUGUGCGACUAGCAAGACCGGCAAUUUCAGUUCCUGGAACGCAUCUUGCCCCAAAUUCAGGGUACCCAUAUGUACCCAGCUAUCCAGGUCCCUCCUGUCCCCGAGCACAGUUACCCCAGAGGUCCCUACUAUGACCCCCUAAUCCAUCAUCUCCUGAUUACAAAGUAUAUAGGCAAUUGCCAUAGGCAGUCUUUGCCCUGGACUGUGUAUUUAACUUUGAUAGUUUUGGGCUGUUAUAAGGUCCCAAUUUUCAUGUUU